CAUCGAGGUACAUUUAAAGUUGGCGAGUAAAUACCGAAACUCUUCAUUACUGUUGUGCCGUUUGCCCGAAAAAGACAGAAUUGCUGCGAUUGCAGUCCCUCUUAAUUCACUUAGAGAACAAAGAAGGAUGAACAAUAUUGGAGCUAUAUCCCCUGGAUCGGAAAAAGAAAAUUCCUGCCGAAAACCAAAAUUAUCGUUUUCUAUAGAAAAUUUGAUAGAAACGAAACCUUCAGAAAAUUUUUCAAAAGAUGCUGAAAUAACUUCACUGCACGAUUUCCAAGGUAUAAAAAAUGGGAAAAGUUUCACUAACUCUGACGAUAAACCAUGGCCUCCCAAAUUGAACCAUUCUACAGACCAACAACGGGAAAUUUCUCAUAUUAUUCCGCAAAGAACUGCCAACACUUGGUUGGAUAGUGGAAAUGCAUACAGAAAAAGAAAAAGUGAUUAUUUGCGAACAAUUCAAGAUCAAAGUGCAGCGAUGGCGGGUUACGGCUCCAUGGUCCAUCCUGCGUUUUUAUUUGGGAGGAUGUCAAUGGAGGAAUAUCAGGCAUAUCUAUUCCGUAACUAUUCGCUCCUGCAGCAACAAAUUUCACCUUUGCCUUCGAGAGAUUAUCCGAUUGAGUGGUUGAGAUCUACCGGUACAUCUAAAUAUCACAAUUCAAUGAAAACUAAAAGUUGUGACGUACCCAUGCCAGAGACAAAGCAACGCGAUUUUCAAAAGAAAAGAACGGAGACCAAAAAUGACGCUGCUGUUAAUGACGAUAUUAAGCCGCGCUCUGACCAAGCAACUACACGAAAUGACAGUGAAAGAAGUGGAAAUGACAUUUCAAACAACAAACACAAGAAACCGGUGAUAAAAACCAACAAGACUUUUACCUGUCCAGAAUGUGGCAAGGUCUUCAAUGCCCAUUACAACCUCACCCGGCAUAUGCCUGUUCACACCGGCGCUCGCCCGUUCGUCUGCAAAAUAUGCGGGAAAGGUUUCCGCCAAGCCAGUACGCUAUGCCGUCACAAAAUUAUCCACACUUCCGAAAAGCCGCACAAAUGCAAUACAUGCGGCAAAGCUUUCAAUAGGAGUUCUACCCUUAACACACACAUGCGGAUUCACAUGGGUUACAAGCCGUUUCAGUGUGAAUAUUGCGGGAAAGGCUUUCAUCAAAAAGGAAAUUACAAAAACCAUAAACUCACCCACAGUGCGGAAAAGCAGUACAAAUGUAACAUUUGCAACAAGGCAUUUCAUCAGGUCUAUAAUUUGACGUUUCACAUGCACACACACAAUGACAAAAAGCCGUUUACGUGUCAUAUGUGUGGCAAGGGUUUCUGUAGAAAUUUCGACUUGAAGAAACACAUGAGAAAACUUCAUGACGGAAGUCAGAUUCCUGUUUCUACGUCCUCCCCUACUUCCGCUGGUGUGUCCGCCGGUGCGCAGAUGCUGAGGAAUGGAACCAUGUAUCCGUUAACAAACAAUGGACAAAACUCUAUCGUCAGCAACCGCUCAACCUUUUUCGGACAUUCUGCUCCUGUGAGUUGUCAUAGAAACAUGUUUUCUAACUACUUAAUGGGAUCUGCCAAUGCAGAUUUUCUCCACAAGUUCUCUUCAUACAUGUAACAUGGUAAAGACCAGUUAUUCGUUGAACAGCAGUUGAACCUUGCAUUGUAUAUGUAUAUUUUGAACAUUUUAAUCUGAUUUCAUUACGAAGUAGAUAUUGCACAAUUUGCAGAUAGAUUACGAUUUCAAUGUAUUGUGUUUUGUUAAUUCAGUUCAGUCUAAACACUUUCCUGGGGUUUUCAAGUUUACAUGGUAAAACUAUAAACAAAUCAUUCCUGACGAAAGCUUGAAUUCGUAUCUUACAUAUAUCACAUGCUUAAAUAAAAUUUUCUGACAGAAUUUUUCCCAUGAUUUUUUUCACUCAAAGUUUGUGACAAGAAAAUUAAUUAUUUAUGUUUACUAAGAAGCUGAAAAGAGUUUUUUAUCCGUAAUUAUGCAUCAGAUACCGUGUGUUAGCAUGUACAAACUGCUUUAACUUAGAGAGGCACGAGGCAUUCGUGUUUUUUUUCUAAAUAUUUGAUCAAUUUUUGACAGGACUUAUAGCAGAAUUCAGACUAGAACCAGAUGGCAACCACAAUAUAUUACAGCAAUAAUAUGUAGCUCUGUGAUAAAAUUCUCAGAUCUUGUAGAGAUCUUGUAUCGUUUUUAAAGAUUUUAUUCAAUGUGCAGCCCGUUCGGUUGAUGUUUUGUUAUGCGAUGCUCUUAGCGUGUGUCCAGAGUUCGUCUCAUUUGUAUGGACGCUUGAAAAUAAAAGUUGAUAUUAUGAAA